UGUGUAAAGUAUUACGUUAGGAUGGCAUACAAUUUUGAAAUACUCAUAAUUUUGUUGAACAUGUUUUACUGCAUCGUGAACUGUCAUCAAGAUCCGCGAACUCAAUGUAGAAUAAAAAUGAUAGAAAGGAAUGAAUGUGGAUAUCCUGGAAUACCAAUGGAUUCAUGUGUGGGAAGAGGAUGCUGUUACGAUAACUCCACAGCAGAAACGAUAUGGUGCUACAAAGCGAGCCAAGAUCUUGGAUUGACUAAAACUGCGUUGAUUCUUCUUGCCACCGACAAAGAGGUUCCGAAAGAAGUUUUGAGAUCGUUAUUUGCCGAUUCUGUACCUGGUGCAGAAUGGUUGCUGGCUUUCAACAAUGGAACACUCAAUACAAAACGGUUACUUCAAAUUAUAGCAAAAAGAAAUCGUGUAUCCAUAGAUCCAUUUUUAGGCGAAUUACUAUCUGGAAAAAGCGCUCUGCAGGCGUAUUUGGAAAAAAUAGCAGAUGAAACAGGAUUGGAUACAACGCCUCUUAGUUUAUUAAUCCGUGGAAACUCAAGAUCAAUUCUCAAUCACCUUGUUGCUCUGGCCUGGGUGAAAAGUGGCAAGACUAAUAUCAUAUCUUUGGAAAUUAUGAACAUAUUAUUGUCGAAAAAUCCAAAUCCCGGUGCUUAUAUGAUACAACAUUUUGUCGAAAUCUUGAUGCCAUAUUCAAGUAAAAACAAUCCUUUUCGAGACGCAUUCUUCAGAGCAUUGAAGUCCAGGAAACCUCGUGAAGCAAUAUAUUGGGCUUAUUUAGUUUCUAUUUACGACGAAUAUCCACAAGAUUCUUUUUAUCCACCAAACACCGGUCACUUUGUGAAUCUCAUUGAUACAAUCAAGAAAGGCAUGGUGCCCAGAAGUAUUCUCAACAGAGCAGCUCUAGAUACAGAAUUCAAUAAAGGGAAAAAUUUUACUGAGGUUUUUGGCAAACCAGCUAAAGUUUACGUUUGUCAGCAACAUCCAGAGUAUCUUCGAGUCAGUUGUCAAAAUCUGAAAGGGAAAUUUAUAGUCACCGACAAAGAUUGUUUGAACGCAGGUUGCUGCAUUACAUUAAUCGUUGCAGAAAAUAGGAAAAUAUGCUACGAAAACUAUCUUGGAAACAUAGGACUAAAGUUGGCCUUCUCAAACGAAACUACAACAGAUUUGAAGCAAUUUUUCAAAUUUGCAGCAAGAAAUUUCAUACCUUGGGUUCCAAAUACAGCCUUGCCACCAGCAUUCGUCAAAUUUCAGUCGAGUCCUAGUGUAGAUCCAUUCAACCAAUUCUAUCCUACUUUAGUUCCAAUAGAACCACACCCUGUGUUUCGUCCGAAUUUCACAUGGAAACCUCACGGUCCGACAGCUUUUCCAUUUCCUACCAGAUUGCCAAAACAAUUGCAGGCUCCUACGGAUAUGUCCUUAAUCGAAUUCGGCAAGCCAUCGAAAAGACCACCACUAUUUAUCGCGUUACCGCCAAAAUGUAUUAAAGUGCCUAACGAGGAUAGAUACCCAUGUAUCGAUAAUUACGAUGCAUUGGCUCGUGGAGGAAAGGAUAAAUGUAUAGCAAUGGGAUGCUGUUAUACUCCUGACUGGUCUAACUUCACAGUAACUGCCUGUUUCCGAAAGAUCAAAUACGGGCAAUGUUACAAAGUAGAAGAAAGCGAAAGAGAAGAGUGUGGUUAUCCCGGAAUUAAUAAAACCGAAUGCCUGAAAAACACACAGUGCUGUUUCAACAGUGCGGUAACAGCAAAGGGUGCUUACAACAAAGUUCCUUGGUGUUUUUAUAAGAAAAGAUCGCCUGUGAUAGAACCUAACAAUUGCGCAGCUCGGCCAAUUUUACCCAAAAAUAGAGUUGGAUGUUUUCUUAAUCAUAAUUUCAACCACAUUGUAUCACGACAAUCAUGCGAAGCUGUUAAAGGAUGCUGUUAUGAAGAAGUAGAGCCGACGUGGUUUGAAAGAGUGGUAUUGGGCAAAGUAAAACCACCAACUUGCUAUAAAAAUCGAAGAACAGACACCACGCCAACAGAUUUCCCCCCACUUCCGCCAUUACCGAUAGUAGUAUGCCGAUACAAAAACGAACUUCGUCCUGACCUUCGAGUAGACUGUAAACCAAAGCAAUCGUUGAAUUGGUUUGGAUGUUUGAAAGCAGGUUGCUGUUAUGAAUCUCUGCCUGCGUUUAACAGAUAUCCAUGGUGCUUCAAGAAGGGAUAAAAAGGAUGGAUUUUACAAAGUGCUAUAUUGAAUGAUGGCGAGUCGAAGAAGUGACAGACGUACCCUAUAUUGUUCUUGAUCGUUUAUGAAAUUUCUG